AUGGGGCAUGUGAAUCACUCAGUAGCCUCUGACUUCAUUCUGGUGGGCCUCUUCAGUCACUCAGGGUCACAUCAGCUUCUCUUCUUCCUGGUGGCUGCCAUGUUUCUCAUGGGGCUUCUGGGCAACACUGUUCUGCUAUUCCUGAUCCACGUGGACUACCGGCUCCACACACCCAUGUACUUUCUGCUCAGUCAGCUCUCACUGUUUGAUAUUGGCUUCCCUCUGGUCACCAUCCCCAAGAUGGCAUCAGACUUCCUGCAGGGAGAAAGUUUCAUCUCCUUCGAGGGUUGUGCAGCUCAAAUAUUCUUCCUGACGCUCAUGGGUGUGGCUGAGGGAAUCUUGUUGACCCUAAUGUCCUAUGACCGUUAUGUCGCUGUGUGCCAUCCCCUGCAGUAUCCUUUGCUCAUGAGGCGCCAGGUGUGCCUGCUCAUGGUGGGCUCCUCCUGGCUGGCGGGUAUGCUCAAUGCCUCCAUCCAGACCUCCAUUACUCUGCACUUCGCCUACUGUGCCUCCCGCAUCGUGGACCACUUCUUCUGUGAGGUGCCAGCCCUGCUGAAGCUCUCUUGUGCAGACACCUCUGCUUGUGAGUUGGCGCUGUCCACCUCGGGGGUGCUGAUCCUUGUGCUCCCCCUUUCCCUCUUUGCCACUUCCUACGGCUACGUGUUGGGGGCCAUUCUACGCAUGCGCUCAGAGGAGGCCCGAAACAAGGCCUUCACUACCUGCUCCUCACACAUCACAGUAGUGGGACUCUUUUAUGGAGCAGCCGUGUUCAUGUACAUGGUACCGGGUGCCUACCACAACCCACAAGACAAUGUGCUCUCCCUUUUCUACAGCCUUGUCACUCCCACACUCAACCCGCUCAUCUACAGUCUGAGGAAUCGGGAAGUGAGGAUGGCUUUGGUCAAAGUGCUCAGCAGUGCUGGACUCAGGUUCAACAUUGUUAAGAUGUCACUUCUUCCUAAGGAUGUUAUUAAUUCAGUGCAAUUCUAAUCACAGUCACAGUAAGCAUUUCUUUGUGGUUUCUUUUUUGUUUAAAUUGAAUAGCUCAUUCCAAAAUUCAUGUAGGAAUGCAAAGGACCUGGAAUAGAAAACUGCUGAAAAAGAACAACAAAUCUGGCAGAAGAAUCUUAAGUGAUUUCAAGUCGUUUGAUAAAAUUAGAGCAAUA